CUGAGUUAUGCCCCCUGCAACAUGGCUGCGCCCAUAUGAAAACAUGGUCGUGAAAUCUGAAUAAGACACUUUACAUUAGAAAACAAUAUUGUCAGCAUGGCGUCAGGUAAAAGGAAGCACGCUGAAGAUGAUCACUUGUCUCUACACAAAAAUGCCAAAAAAAUAAAGCUGGGAAAAGCAUCUCCAGGGAAACAAAAAUUGGAAAACACAACCUCUGAUCCAAGCAAAACAAAAAGUGUCAAUGGCAGAAUAACAAACAAGCAGAAGAAGGUCAAGAAACAGAAAGAUGCAAAACCGAAAGACUCGCAUCCAAAAGAAGAGGACAUUGCAAAUGAAAAUGGUAACAUUGAGACUGAAUCAAAGCAGAACGGCAAAAAGACAUCCAAACAUUUGAAUAAGUGGCAGCGAUAUAAGAAAAAAAAGAAACCACAGCCUGGAACUCCUAAACCAGCUUCCACAGGAGGAACAGGAAAGAAAGAUGCCGCAUCUACAGAUUCCACUUCCAGAAAGUCUGGUGUUGCCAUUGUUACUGGGAAGCCACAUUUGUAUAAUCCAACUAAGAUCCCAUCGAGCAACUGGAAGCAGCUUCAAGCGGACAUUCAGAAAACAGCACCUAAAAGGAAACAUCCCAGGAAACACCUGAAGAAACAGACCAGUGAUGACCCUACACCUCAGAAGGACAGCGACAAGCCAGACAUCUGGUUUGAUGAUGUGGACGAGGAACUGAUCUACCCGACAAAAGAAAAACCGAAAACUAACAUCAAGACAAAUUCUAAUCUAUCACCGAUCAUCUCAAUCAGAAGCUGGUCUUGUGAAGGAACAUUAAGUUUAAAGGCGUGACAAAGGCUGUAGCCUUGGACUGUGAGAUGGUGGGAGUGGGGGAGAAGGGCAAGGAGAGUGUCUUGGCUAGAGUGUCUGUUGUCAACCAGUUUGGGGAGUGCCUGUAUGACACGUUUGUCCGCAGU